AUGAGCGAAGAGAAAUCUUCUACACCACUAGUAACUGAAGAGCCUGGUAAGGACGAAUCGAAACCAGCGCAACUACCGGAAGGCGGUACCACAGAGGAGGAGUUGCCUAGUCUGAAUCCACUUCCAGCUGCGUGGAUUUCCGCUGGUGCUUCUUGGUUCAACACUGCCAAAGAAAAGACCAAGAACACUUUUGAUCUAAUGAAGAAGGAUUUGGCCGAGUUCGGUGAUGCUAUGACUCAGGAAGGUGCUGAUCUCACUACUGCUGCGAAGGGAGGUAUUGACACGGCCACAACUGGUCAUUAA